GGUGAUUCUGAAGACAGCCCGGUCGUCAUGGCUCAUGCUGCUAUUUAUGUGGGUUUUACUGUUCCUCAAUUACUGAGAGGUGCUAGGAGAAUUUUUCCCACUCAUUCUGCAUUGGUGGUGCUGAGGCACUCUGCUUUUUGUUACUGCACAGUGAACGGCACAACAAAAUCAAAAAGGAAAAUGGAUCAUCUAGAGAGGACAGCAAAUAAUUUUCGCCAGGAUGUAAUUUCACAAGCAAAAGUGUGUGGAAUCACCAAUGAAUCCGAGACAGUCAAAAGACUUCGCUUGGCUAUUGCAAAUAAAGAUUUUACUUUCAAAGCAGGACAGUGGGUUGAUUUCUUUAUUCCUGGAGUAUCCGUAGUUGGGGGAUUCUCAAUAUGUUCAAGUCCUGGCCUGUUGGAACGAGAAGGAAUAUUGGAGCUGGCAGUAAAGCACACUAUUCAUCCUCCUGCUCACUGGAUUCACACUGAGUGUACUCUUGACUCAGAAGUGGCUCUGCGAGUGGGAGGUGAUUUCUUCUUUGAUCCUCAGCCUGGUGACUCCCCUGUAAAACUAGUGCUGAUAGCAGGGGGUGUUGGAAUUAACCCAUUGUUUUCUAUGCUGCUGCAUGUAGCAGAUCUUCAUGGAUACCAAGAGAGUAAAGGAAAUGGAUACAAAAUGGGAACAGUGAAGCUGUACUACAGUGCAAAAAAUACAAGCGAACUCUUAUUUAAGAGGAGCCUUCUUGGUUUGAUGGGUGCCUUUCCUGGAAAGAUCACGUGUCGCUUCCACGUUACCCAACAGCGGUCACAGAUCUGUGAAGAACUUCAGCCACAUGUUACAGAGGGAAGAAUAUCUGAAAAGGAUCUAGAAAAACAUGUAUCUAAGGAUACGUUAUGGUACAUCUGCGGUCCACCUCCAAUGAUAGAGUCUAUAUCCAAACUACUGUCUAACAUUGGUGUUCCUAGAAACUGUGUUUUCUUUGAGAAAUGGUGGUAG